GCAGGAGGGAGGGUGAGCCAAAAAAGGGUGCCUAAUCAUCAAUUCGGGUAAACGGAUAAUCGGAUAAUCGGAUAAUCGCCCAAUCGGAUCUCCUCGUGCACCGAAUCUUUAUCAAAAGGACCCUUUCUCAGUUCCCAUCCCUAUGAUUCUCCAUCGUAUCUUUUCCUUUUGAUUUCUUCAUUUUCUCAGCUGACAGCAUUUUCUUCCUUCCCUACAAAUAAAACGCAAGAAAUCAUUGAAAAAAGUUUGAAAAAUGAUUGCAAUUCCUUAUUUAACUGCUUUAACCACGUACUUUAGCUAUGGAUUGCUGUUUGCUUUUGGUCAAAUCAGAGAUUUCUUUCGCAAAUUCAUCGAUUGGUGCUGCACCUCCAAUAAUCUUCAGGGUUAUGCUCCAAUCUGCUUAGGACUCGAAGAUUUCUAUAUCCGCCGAUUGUAUCUCCGUAUUCAGGAUUGUUUCGGGAGACCGAUUGCUAGUGCCCCUGAUGCUUGGUUUGAUGUGGUUGAACGCUAUUCCAAGGACAAUAAUAAGACCUUAAAACGAACUGCGAAUAUGAGUAGAUGUCUUAACUUAGGAUCAUACAACUAUCUUGGUUUUGCUGCAGCAGAUGAAUACUGCACACCUCGUGCAAUUGAGUCGUUAAAUAGAUUUUCACCGAGUACCUGCAGUAGCCGGGUGGAUGGUGGUACAACCAUACUGCAUAAUGAACUGGAGGAGUGUGUUGCUAGGUUUGUUGGCAAACCUGCUGCUAUAGUUUUCGGUAUGGGUUAUGUGACAAAUUCUGCUAUACUUCCAGUACUAGUUGGGAAGGGGAGCUUAAUUAUCAGUGACUCCUUGAACCACAACUCCAUUGUCAAUGGUGCACGAGGAUCUGGAGCUACCAUUCGUGUUUUCCAGCAUAAUACACCCUCUCACUUGGAGGAAGUUUUAAGAGAACAAAUUGCGGACGGACAACCUAGGACUCAUAGACCAUGGAAGAAGAUUGUGGUUAUAGUGGAGGGAAUAUACAGCAUGGAAGGGGAGCUCUGUAAACUUCCUGAGAUCAUAGCAAUUUGCAAAAAAUAUAAGGCAUAUACAUACUUGGAUGAGGCUCACAGCAUUGGAGCAGUAGGGAAAACUGGAAGAGGUGUCUGUGAGCUCUUAGGAGUUGAUCCGGCUGAUGUGGAUAUUAUGAUGGGAACUUUUACAAAAUCAUUUGGAUCAUGUGGUGGCUAUAUUGCUGGAUCCAAGGAACUUAUUCAAUAUUUAAAGUAUACUUGUCCAGCUCAUCUUUAUGCAACUUCAAUCUCACCACCUGCUGCUCAACAAAUAAUAUCUUCCAUAAAGGUUAUUCUUGGGGAGGAUGGUUCCAAUAGAGGUGCCCAGAAACUUGCGCAAAUACGUGAGAACAGCAACUUUUUCCGGUCUGAAUUGAUAAAAAUGGGUUUUGAGGUUCUUGGGGAUAAUGAUUCCCCAGUUAUGCCAAUUAUGCUUUACAACCCAGCCAAAAUCCCUGCCUUCUCACGAGAGUGCCUCAAGCAGAAUGUGGCUGUUGUGACAGUGGCUUUUCCUGCCACACCAUUGCUGUUGGCAAGGGCACGUAUAUGUUUAUCUGCUUCUCAUACCAAGGAAGAUCUGAUUAAAGCCUUGGAGGUUAUCAGCCGGGUCGGGGAUCUUGUGGGUAUAAAAUAUUUCCCUGCAGAACCAGAGAAACAGCAGCAAGAAGAAAGGAUGAAGUUGGAAUGAGAAAUAAGAAAGGUUGGAAUGUACCUUAAUCCAGCAACAAGAAGAGAGGAUGGAGAAGGUGGAGUAAAAACUCCCAGCGUAUUUUAUUCCCUUGGUAUGAAUGAUGGUUUCCUUUUGAUCUAAUUCUUAGAAUUGCCGUAAUAGGUAAUUUACUGCAGUUUCUGUAGAAGGGUUUCAUACCUUGCUCCAAGAGAGCCUGUCUGUUCAUACAUAGGGGAGUUAAGCAGUCCUCUUAUCUUUUCUGAGACGGUGUUUCUUUUUUGUUUGAUUUAUUUAUUUAAAUUUUGUCUUAUGUUUUGAUAAUCUGUAGAUAAAGCAAUUUGUAUUUUGUAACCUGCCUUGAUCUCCUCGGUUGUGAUUGGGAAAUAAUAAUACGUUGAAGUAUCAUGCUUGGCCUUUGGGCUUUGCCCUUGGGUAUGUAUAUGAGCUUUCUCUUUCGUAGA